GCAUGCUGGGUCACAUGACUCGCCGUUGAGCGCCUUCAUUCUGCUGUGAAGGGACGUAACCGCGCGUCCUGCGGGAGAAACUCCGAAACUUACGCAUCGCGUUGUCAGUGUCGCGUUUUCUCCCGUUCCCGCGCGUCAGACAAGCGCCGCUCGGCCGCUCGAGCUCGGGGAGAGCCCCGCGGAAGCGAUCGAUCAUGCCGGUCCGUACCGACUGCUGUCAGGGCUCGCCGCUGGCCUGCUUGGCCUCGGCCUCUCUCGUUCCGCCCCCGCCGAUCAAUACCCAUCAGCCCGGCGUCAACACCUCUCUGCUGUACAGCGGCUCCCAGUUCCGCGGCUACCAGAAGAGCAAAGGAAACUCCUACGAUGUCGAGGUGGUUCUGCAGCACGUGACCAUGGAGGACUCGUACCUGUGUGGAUACCUCAAGAUCAAAGGUCUGACAGAGGAAUAUCCCACACUUACUACAUUCUUUGCUGGGGAGAUCAUAAGCAAGAAACGGCCUUUUUUAACCAGGAAAUGGGACGCGGAUGAGGAUGUCGACCGAAAACACUGGGGGAAGUUUCAAGCAUUUUAUCAGUACGCAAAAAGCUUUAAUUCAGAUGAUUUCGACUAUGAAGAGCUAAAGAACAGUGACUACGUCUUCAUGCGGUGGAAGGAGCAGUUCCUAGUUCCAGAUCACACAAUCAAAGACAUCAGCGGUGCUUCCUUCGCUGGCUUCUACUACAUCUGUUUCCAGAAGUCUACAGCCACCAUAGAGGGUUACUACUACCACAGAAGCUCUGAAUGGUAUCAGUCUUUGAACCUCACACACGUCCCUGAACACAGCGCACCCAUCUACGAGUUCCGGUGACACUGAAGUCCUCGAGGUGAAUCUACAGCGGACAGAGGAAAUGGACAUCAGAGAAAGAGAAGAACUGUCUAAUGAUUACGCCCAGGACUCGGCUGUCCUCUCCCCUCAAUGAAAGAAUAAACAGAGGUACAGAUGAUGGAGGAAGGAACUCUUUCAGGAGACUCUCUACACAAGCCGAUCGAGCAAGUGGGAUUCGGGGAUUCGCAGCAGUGUUAGCGUUUUGUUUUUCCUUUUAUGUUUCUGAGUUUUUAACGCCUCUGUCCUCCGAUCAUCUUAGAAAACUAUUUUUAUCCUUAAGGUUUGGGAUUAAAAUCACAGUUUUUCUUUGCCCUGGAUGGAAGAGCCAAUGGUGAUAUUUUUCUCUUUUUUUUCGCCUUGUAAUUUGAUAAAAGAGCAUGGCCAAUCUAGAAGUUUUGAAAGUUGUUUUAAUUUAUUUUGAAUCAUUCUGAAUGAAAAGACUGUGAGUGGGACGCUGUAUACAGACACUGGGACGUCUUUUGAAGAUGUAACAAAGAUUCAGUGUGCGAUAUGAUGGAUAUGGAGAGUUGCUGUUGUCUGUGGCUUGCUUGGCCCUCAGACGUUGUUUUUUAUUAACGUAAGGUGUAUCAUCAAAAGUCACAUAUAUAGCAGCUGGGUCCUUCGCUUCUACGUGUGAUAUAUUUUUUAUUAUGAAAUGAAAUGGAGUCAGGUGUUUUGGAAAAAGGUAUAUAUAUAUAUAUAUUAUCCCAUGGUGGUAAAGCUAUUUGUAAAGCUGCUUUGGAUGAAACGGUUCUUUCUGAGUUUGGAAAAAAAAAAAAUCUGUCGGUAGUUUUACGCUCCUUGUUUUGCUAUGCAACCUGAAAAAUCUCAGCUUAUAAGAAUCUCAAGUAUAUGGAAGCCUGUUUCCACCACGCAAUGUGAACAUAAAGGUAAUUACACAAUUCUUAAUUUAUUUCUGGCAAAUCUGAGUGUAUAUCUUUUAGUUAACAUCUCGCAAUUCAGACUUGCAAGAUACAGAUUUGGAAUUGCAAUUCUGACUUUUUUUCUCAGAAUUCAGAUUUAAAAUCUUGAAAAAGUCAAAGUUUUUCCCCCAAAAUUCUGAGUUAACAUCUUUCAAAUGACCUUUUUCCUUCGAAUUUUGGAAGUUUAUAUCUCGCAAUUUUGACGUUUCCAAAUCUGUAUCUUGCAAUUUUGACUUUUUUUCUUGGAAUUCAGAGUUAACAUCUCGCAAUUCUAUUUUUUCCUCCGAAUAUCAAAUUUAUAUCUCAGAAUUCCAGGAAAGUAAAAAGUCUGUAUCUCGCAAUUCUCUGACUUUUUUGAGUUAACAGCUUGAAAUUCUGACCUUUUUUUCUUUGAAUUUUGGAAGUUUAUAUCUUGCAAAUUUAUAUCUCAGAAUUCCAGGAAAGAAAAUGUCGUUUUAAAAAAAAAUAAUUUAUUUUUUUUUUUUUCUUGAAAUUCCGAGUAUGUAUCUCGCAAUUCAGAUUUUUUUUUUAUCCCUGAAUUUGAAGUUAACAUCAUGCAAUUUUAACUUUUUUUUCAUCUGAAUUUUAAAUUUACAUCUUGCAAAUUAUGACUUUUUCUUUCCCGGAAUUCUAAAUGAACAUCUCAUAAUUUUGACUCUUUCUCUAAGAAAAUAAAAAGUUGGAACUGAGAGAAAUAAAGUCAGAAUUGUUUUCAAAAUUCGCAAUUAACUUUUCUUUUUUUUUUUUUUUUAUUAUUCUGAGGUGAAAACAGGCUUCCUUACAAGUCUCUUAGGUUUGAGAAUAAUCACUUCUCACUUGUUCACUUUAAUAUUGACAGCUCAGAGAGUAUUGAUUGAUAUUGGCAUCAAUGUCACGCGGCGUGUCGGAACGCAAGGCCGCAGAAGCUUUCAUUGGGUUUCAGUUCUUGCCAAGGAUGUCAUGAUGAAUAAGCAAGUGUUUUUAUUGGAGGGCUCAGGAAGACUUUUCAAAGCAAACAGUCCAGAUGGUGGACAACACUGUUAUUUUAAACUACCCAUCAGCCUCAAGGCGCAAUUUUUGACGGCCGUGAUACGAUGCUACGGCAGCUCUGGUGAUCUACAUCUCUUACAGCCUAACAACGCACAAAAUGUAACGGCUGAGGCUUUAAGGAACCUCUCACGAGGUGCUGAAAAAUUGGGAGACACAUUUAUGAUACAAAACCCAGAUGCGUCCAUUUAAGCUUUCGUCAAACCCUUUGCCUUAAAAGUCAGAGAUUUGUCUAUAAACCACUUUUAUAAUCAUUAGUUUUAAGCUCUGUACAGAAAGAAAGACUUAUAAGAAUGUUAGUGUUACGAAAAGGCGUUUGAAAUGAAAGAUUGCUGUACCUCAUCCGCCAAAACCUCCUUUUUAAUUGUAGACUAGCGAGUGUUUAACAACAGGUUCAUGCCACAUUUAAUCCUAGCUAUGUUGAUAUGUCCUAGUGACAUUUUGUACAUAGAAAAUUCUUUAUUUUGGCUCAUCCCACACUGUACAAAAAAAAAAUUUGAGCCAACUUAAAAUUUUAAGGCAACCAGCUUCAGCAGAUUUUUGAGUUUUCUCAACUUGUCGUUUUAAGUUUAUACAACAAAAAUUUUAGAAUCUCCCACAAAAAUAAGUUGAGCAAACUCAAAAAUACUCAAAAAUAAACCUUAAAAUGUUAAGUUGGCUCAACUAUUUUUUUUUUUUUUACAGUGCAUGGCCAAAUCUCACUAAUGCUGCACAUUAACUCUCAUGCAAAAUGUCUAAAACACCCAAUAAUUGAUGUUUUGCAAAUAUGUGUAAAUUUGACUUCUUUUCCUGUUUGAGUUCUUUUGUUGUCCUUAAAACCAGAAAUGUGGUCACAAAGAAGUGUUUAUGAAGAUGUGGGAUGUUUGUUUGCUGCGCCUAAUAAUCUGCUGCCUGAAGGUCAAGAUUUAUUUAAAGAAAUGCUAAGCAAAUGAAAGGCCACUGCACAUGCUGUUACAGUACAGAAGGAGGGGAUGUACAUAAUAGGGCUGUUUGUGGUGUACACAAAUUAUUUCAUUCUCUACAAUUAUGAGUGAUCUUUUUAUUGGCACAAAAGGAUAAGAAAAUAAAGACUAUUGAUCCGGAUGCGAGUUUUGUGUGUGUGAGAGAGAGUGUGAGUUCAGGACAUGGAUUGACAUGCUCAUAGGUUUGUGCAAACUGCAGACAAAAAGUGAAAUGAAAGUGUUUUAUUUGGGUUACUCUCAUAAUGUAUUACUCAUAAAGGGAUGCAAGCGACUCUCUCAACCACUAGAUGGCGUAGUAUCAUCUCUUUAGUACGUGGACUGCGUGUACUAAGCAAUAUACAGUACUCUGAAUACCAUCUACCCAUUAUGCACCAAAACGUUUUAAACAAUAAUUGAAUUGUCCGUUCUCUUUAAACUUUAUUUAAUUGGCAAAAGUACAAAGAAAAGAUUUCCAAAAGAUUUUGUACAUAUAAACAAAUAUUGAUUUUUAUGGCUGCAACACUUCAAAGAAGUUGGGACAGCGACAUGUUUAACACUCUUGUCACAUCAACUGUGCUUUUAAUUGCAAUGUUUAAUCGUUUGAGAACUGAGGAUACUAAUUGUUAAAGUUUUGCAUGCAACUUUUUCCAGUCUUGCUUGAUACAAGUCUUCCACUGCUCAUCAAUCUGUAGUCAUUAUUGUCUGAUUCGCCUUUUCACGAUG